AAAUUUCAAAUUCAAAACAAAACAGGGUUUAAAACUCAACUGUUAAAAUUCCCACGAAAUUAAUAAUGUAUUGAAAAUAAAUGUUUAUGAAUCUAAAAUUGGAAUGCUGUCGGUAUUAGAUACCGUUUUAAAAGUUUUGGUUGACCCUCCUUUUCCUUCUCCAGAAACAAACAAGAAAAAAUCCUCAGAAGAAAAAGUGGCAAAACCUAAAGUUGAAAGAAGUUGUGGAUCAAUUUCAAUUCAAGCAACAAACCAGAAAAUUUCAGGAAAGCGAAAAGUGGUAAAACCUAGAGGUGUGAAAACUUUUGGGACAGCAUCAGCUCAAGCUAAAAAGAGAAAAAUUGCAACUUUACCUAAGUUAAACCAGAAGAAAAAAUUGGUGAAACCGAAAGCUGUAAAAAGACUUGGAUCAAUUACGGAUAGAGCUAAAAAGAGGAAAAUUGUAGCUUUACCUAAGUUAAACCAGAAGAAAAAAGUGGUGAAACCCGAAGCUGUGAGAAGACUUGGAUCAAUUACUGCUAAAGCUAAAACGAGGAAAAUUGCAUCUUUACCUAAUUUAAACCAGAAGAAAAAAGUGGUGAAACCGAAAGCUGUAAAAAGACUUGGAUCAAUUACAGCUAAAGCUAAAAAGAGGAAAAUUUCCACCUUAACUAAGUUAAACCAGAAGAAAAAAGUGAUGAAACCUGAAGUAGUAAAAAGACUUAUAACAAUACCAGCUAAUGCUACAGACAAGAAAAUUCCAGCAAAGCAAAAUGUUGUAAAACAUAAAGGCGUCAAAAAUUUUGAAACAACCUUAGCUCAAGCAAAAAAAGGAACGUUUUCAAAUUUAACUAAGAUAAAUCACAGUAAGAAAACAGUAUUGAAACCUAAAGUCAUAAAAAAUCUCGGAUUAAUUGCUGUUAAAGGUAAUUAUGCUUUUUAA